GGCUGAUGGAACCCUCCCCUUGUCAGAAAACAGACACGGAGACGACGCUUUACCAAACUUCAUGUGGUUUGCUUGAAGGUGAAGACGAGGCUCAAAGGAGAUGGCCUUGACUUUGGCAGACAGAGCCAUCGGGGCCAUUGUUGGGGCCGCAGUAGCAGAUGCAGCGGCCCAGCCCAUGCAUUGGAUCUACAAUGCUGACAGGCUCAAAGAAGUUCUCUCUGAUCUGGAGCCCUGUCCUGAGUUCCGGCCUCAGUCAGCGAAUCCUUUCUACCGCAGAGCGACUGGCGAGCAGACGUGCUACGGGGACCAGGCGUACGUCCUGCUGGAGUCGCUCAGCCAGUGUGGAGAUGUUAAUGUGGAAGACUUGACCAAGCGCAUGUACAAGUUCUUUGGCCCAGGAACGGUGUACGACCUGCCUCUCAACGACCCUUACAGGAAGAAAGGAGGCCCCAAACCCAUACUCCCCAUCGAUGGCCCAUGGAGAAACAGCAGCCUGAAGGCUUUCAUCAGAAAUGUGGAUGCUGGCAAAGAAGAAACUGGCUGCGAUGUGGACUGUCAGAUGGACGGCGUCACUAAACUGGCUCCUCUGGUGGCCUUGUACGCUGGCCGGCCUGAGAUGCUGGAGAAAGUGGAGAAAGUCGUGCGGGUGACCCAGAACAAUGACAUUUGUGUGGCGGGGACGCUGGCUGCAGCGAGGUUUUUGGAGCAUUUCAUUCUGAAUGGUUCAGAUCCCAAUGCCCUGGAAGCAGUUCUGGCUCAGUUGAAUGACCCGAAGAGACAGAACCCUCAGAAGCUGGACCGGGCUGUCAUCGCUCAUAUCCACCAGGUGAAGGACAACCUCGCCAAGACGGCCCAGCAGCUCGUGCCUGCUGUGUUCACAAACACAUGAGUUCUGCCUGGUGCGUUCCAGGGAGCGCUACAUGGAGUCCUGACACUGAAACAGCUGGAUGAAGCAGUCAGGGACACCAUGCGCUGCGGGGGAUGCACCUCCAGCAGAGCCUCCUUCAUCGGGGCCUGUUUUGGGGCACAGACUGGUCUGCAGGGAGUCCCGGAGUCUUGGAGGGAGAGAACACUGCGCUAUCCUCUGCUGCUGGAGCUAUCCCAACAUUUGGUCCAAAAAAAGCUCCAGUUGUAGUUCAGCUUUGAAUUUGCCCUAAAUGCAGUUGCUUUAACACGUAUCAAGUAUUCAUGGAGUGCGGAUAAUCAAAGAAGGCUUUCUCAAAUUGCAGAUGUGCUUUGACGCGACGAUCCAUGACGGUCGCAUUUUAAAGUCUCGUGCUGAAUGAAACUCGAAUCCUUUCGCUCUGUGUCAAAGCUGCGUCAUGUAAGAAAGGGAAAGUCACUGAAUGCAUCCAUCCUCAGCAGCUGCAUUGUAAAGAACGUCUCCAAUAAAGAACUGAAAUAUCUCCAACGUA